UAGGGGGAAAAAAAAUGAAAGCGAUACCUUUAGUGCAGGUAGUAGUAACUGCCCAAAUCUUUGAUUUUCUGCCAAUGUUUUGGUAAUUUUUCAAAGCCUUUGGCCCAGAAAUUUGGUGUGCUCUGAGUUCAAAAACAGAUCAACCUCAUUCUGGAUGUCCUGUGCAGAAUGGAAGAUAGCACCAGCAAGAUGUAGCUGUAGGUGUGAAAAAAGCUAGUAGUGUGAAGUAGAGAUGCCAGGGCUAUAUGGUAGGUGUGGCAAAAGACCUCAUAUGAGUAAAUGCAGAGCUGGUAAAUGCAGACACAUGUGGUCUUACAUUACUUUGAUGUAAUGUUACCUUUUUUGCACCGGAACUUAGUUCGAUGUUUUUCCUCGAUAGCAGUAUCAACACGGACAGCAUCUCACUGUACUCCUUACUGUCAAGUGUUUUACCUUCCCCCAGAUACUCUUUGUGGAUAAUACCAUGGCAAUCCUACCAGGUAUAAAGCAUCUGUUAGUCAUCUGAUCUUUCUGUUAGUCAAAUUGUGCUUUGCAACAUUGCCGACGGGCUUACUGGGCACAGACCAACUCCCUUUUCAGCCUAUGUUGUUGAAGUAAAUCCAAUUUUCAUCAUAAGUGAUGAUCUAAUCCAGGAUUUUAUCCAUGUGUUGAUAAUUUGAGCAGAUUAGUGCAGGCCUGAAUACAUCUGUCCUUAUCUGCUCGAGUCAGCUCAUGCAGCACCCAGCGAUUGAACUUGUACGUCAAGUUUAUGCAAUGCAUAGCAUGACUGAUGGACAUAGCAGUAACUUCUAACUCCUUAGCAAGCUCUCGAGUAGUUGCAUACUGAUCUUUCACAAGUUUUCGCAGGCCAGCCUUAUCAACAUCAGUAGGCCAUCCAGAGUGCUCUGCUUCUUGAAUGUCAUAGUCCUUGUUUGUGAACUUUGGUACCAAACCUUCACAGUGUCAUAUAACAUUAGUACCUAAAGCUGUAUACAUGAUUUUGUGACAUUCUGUAGUUGACCUUUUGCAACAGAACUAAAAGUAAAUGAUAGUUCUAAUCUGGCGGCGGGAUAGUUCUGUUUGAGACACCUUGGACUGAAGGUAUGGCACAAAUGUGUAUCUUAUUUUUGAAAAUGAAUUAAGCAAUUUUAGGUUAUGUCGUGAGUUAUUUUAGUGUAAAAGGAAGUUGUAUAGAAGAAACAUUCUGAGUUUGCAGAAAAAAAUUAACAUACCAUUUGACCAAACAGCAGUGUUACUUUUUAGUCCAAAAGAACUGUUAUUCUCAAAGCACAGUUCUGCAUUGUGUUUCCCCUUUAAUGCAUUGUUUUAACUUUUCAUUCGAGUCUGUUGCCAAUCAGCAAAAUGAUUGAAGAUUGCAAUGAUGUAGAGAAAGUUGAUGGUGUGAUUGUGGUGUAUGACAUCACAAAUUUAAAUUCUUUUAAAAGAAUUCCAGAAUGGAUCACUCAAAUUAAGCAAUUCGUUCCAGAUGAUGUUUUAUUUCUCAUAUUAGGAAGUCACCAAGAUCUAUACUCUUCCAGGCAAGUCUGUUUAAAUGAUGGCUUGCAAACAGCUAAUGAAUUUGAUGCCUUAUUUCAUGAAGUUAGUGCAAAAACAGGAGAUGGAAUUAAUGAAACAAUGGAUAAUUUUAUAAGGGCGAUAUUGCUUUGUAAAAAUGGUAUUGAGCUGGCUGUUGAAGUUGACGUAAAAAGUGAUAAAAGUGAGUUAGGAAAGCAAUUUCAAACUACUCAGAGCAUGAACUCAGAGCAAGAGUCAUCUACUUCUCAAAACACCGUGAAUUCAAUAAAUGACACCCACUUAAGUUGUAGCAGAUCUUAGAAGAAACAAAAUGCUUUGGGGAAAUUUCACCUUCUAU